UUUAUUUUCAGUGACAGAAUCAGACCAAAAAAAAAUCAAAAGCAAAAUAAUUUGUUGGUUGGAAGUGUUACAGAAAAAAAAAAAAGUGGGAGAUUUUGUCUGUGUUGCCUUGAAGUGGGAUACAUCAAGAACAGGAAUUUUAGACCUAAAUUGACUGCCCCUAACCAAGUAUGUGUUUUAGGUCUUUCCGAACAGAUCCCUCCCCACCCCCACCUCCUUCGGCGCAAACGGAAAACAAGUUAAAAGAGAAGCUUUAUGUUUAUCUUGGAAAUUCUUUGAAGGCCUUCCCAGAUCCUGACCCUUCCCUCUUCCAUCAAAGCAAAUCUGGACACAAACCAGACUGGAUGAGGACUGAAUCAAAUUAACGCAUAAGGUACGUGUCGCAUUCCCAGAUCCUUCAGCCAGCUCGACACCUGCUACUUCUCUGUGACUUGAUCCAGAUUAAGGUUCUCCCAAGACACACUUCAUUGGAUCCAAGUUCAAGAGGACUGCCAGGGUUUCCUGAGCCCCUACAUCGCUGUAAAGUGCCAAGGCCUUAACACUUGGUUAUGUGUAUUACAACGGCAAGAGUUCCAGCACCAGGAAAAAAGACUUGUUGGACUUGUCAGCUCUAUAUCACCAAGUAUCAACAAAGUAGAGGAAGCCAAGUUCCUCUGUGUGACACCAUCACCAUCAGAUAAAACCCAAGGAAAAAAAUAACUCAUUUAGACUAGAGCCCUAUCUUUUCUUGAGAAGCUGAGAUUUGGAGGAAUUAUUCUAAAAUCUGUGCUGCUACAGUGAAGGGAAUACCAUUUCAACUAAGGACAGUGAUGAGGUGUUAUGAGUCCAAAUGAAGCUCGAGGAUUGAUGUGUGCUUGUAACAAGAAAGUCACUGUAUUUUUCCUGGGUCCAAGGGAAGCAUGAGUAUGUUGGGAAUUGAACUAGAAGAAAACAAGAUAUCUUCACAAAGAAACCUAGGCGAUAAAAAAAAGUAGCCCAAACUCUGAAGAGAGAGAGCAGAACCAUGAUGGACAGUGGACUUAGGGAUCCUCCAGAGGACUCUCGUUUGGCAAGUGAUCCAUCAGUAAAUUCUCAGGAACAGGAAACUACAGUCACAGCAAAUUCCACUGAAGAAGCUCAGACCUCAUUCCCUGCCUCUGGUCUUAACAAAGACCACCAAGAGUUGGAGGCAGAAAGUCCAGCAAGUCCAGACACAGAGCUGGAGGCAGAAGGUCCAGCAAGUCCAGACACAGAGCGGGAGGCAGAAGGUCCAGAAAAUCCACACACAGAUGAGAAAUCAAAAAGCUUGGAUGAAGCAAAUUUUGGGAAAUAUCCAAAAGAUAAAAAAGAGGAUGAGAACAACCUGAGUUUUCAGGAUGGGGAACAAAAGAAUCACCUCCCUUUGGAAAAUCUGGGUGAAGAACCCUUGAAUUCAGAUGCUAAUUGUUUUCCAAGUGGCAGGGGAAGAACAGAUGAAAACCUGGGGAGCAGCUGUGCCUUUUUUCCUGAGGAAUUAAAUUAUGAAACUGAAGCAUCUCAGGAACCAUCCACUGUAGUCUCCCAGGAGGCCCAAAGUGCUGGUCAUUCCAUAGAGGAGAGCCAGGACUCACUGAGGAGGCGAUGGCCUGCACCAGAGACUGAAAGUCAUGAACAUGAAACACGUACAUUGGGAGAAACCAAAGAGAUGGCACGGGAUACCACAAAGAUUAAGAAAAAGAACGUUUGGAACUAUGGCUGUAUGCUUUUUGGCUUCCUGAUUGUGUUUUCUGGUUACUGCUACUAUUCAUCUCCAGCCCAGCAAGUAUCCCAAAAUCCAGCUUUGGAGGCCUUCUUGGCUCAGUUUAGCCAAUUAAAGGAUAAAUUUCCAGGCCAGAGUUCCUUCUUGUGGCAACGAGGACGUAAAUUUCUCCAAAAACACCUCAAUGCUUCAAAUCCCUCUGAGCCAGCCACCAUCAUAUUCACGGCAGCUCAAGAGGGAAGAGAGACCCUGAAGUGCCUGAGCCACUAUGUUGCUGAUGCCUACACCUUUUCCCAGAAAGUCUCUGCCAUUACAAUCAACGGGGCUGAGAGAGCCUCGCAGGACAGUGACACAGUCAAGCUGUUGGUUGACUUGGAGCUGAGUUACGGAUUUGAGAACGGCCACAAGGCUGCUGUGGUACACCACUUUGAAUCUCUUCCUGCAGGCUCCACCUUGAUCUUCUAUAAGUAUUGUGAUCAUGAGAAUGCUGCUUUUAAAGAUGUGGCCCUCGUCCUGACUGUUCUGCUGGAAGAGGAAACAUUAGAGGCAAAUGUAGGCCCAAGAGAAACUGAAGAAAAAGUGAGGGAUUUACUGUGGGCUAAGUUUACCAACUCAAACACCCCCAGCUCCUACAACCACAUGGAUCCAGACAAACUGAGUGGACUGUGGAGCCGAAUUUCACACCUGGUGCUGCCUGUCCAGCCAGUGAGGAACAUAGAAGAACAGGGAUGCUUUUGAUAAAAUUAAGCACAGAGUUUGUCUUGUAAGACCCAAGCUUAUGUAAAAGUCAGUUUAAAAGGCCUUUGAUUUCUGUGGCAGGAGGUUGAUAAAUGUGAGGGAAUGGCCUCAGAAACAAGUGAACUUGUUUUAGAAAUUUCCGUUUUUUGCUGUCUGUAAAAUCUUUCUAAGAUUUGAAAAAGCUAAAAAUUGACUUUACAUGAUUUUCUUUGCCUUUUCAAGCAAAUCAGGUUUAAAAUAUUAUAUAUAAAAAUAAGGAGUUUUAAAAUCCUAAAAUACAGCAACAGAAUCAUUUAUAGGAAUCAUUUAUAGAGUAACUAUAUAGGAGUUUUACUUUCUUGAGAAGAGUGAAGAGCUAUUUGGAUAGUCUUUAAUGUAAAACCCAUUUUAUAAAGUGGUGGUAACUUUUUGAAAAUUUUUGUAUUACAUGUUAAAAUAAGUCAACUUCAAUGAAUUAGUUGUAGGAUUAUGUCUUACACUUAAUUUGCACUUGGGUAGUAUGAAAAAAGGAAAUAACAAUUUAAAUCAUUAAAUACUGUGUAGGGGACUAUACUUUAAUUCCAUUAGGAAGUUGACAUAAAUGCAGCCAUGUUUAAAAAAAUUCUUAAACUUCGAGUGAAUGAGGAAAUUUAUUAUUAUUAUUGGAAAUUGAGAAAUCCCAAUUACCUGUAUCUUUAUUUCAGCUUUCUUGAAUGAUUUAGAGUAGUGAUUUUUAAACUGCCAGUUACUUCUCCCCUCUGUAUCACAGUAAUUCUGCUUUUGACUGUUUUGUAUACUGGCUUCUAUCUAAAUUCCAUUGGAACAAAGAGUUUCGCUAAUAAUGAAGUUUGAAAACCAUUGAUUAAAUGAAAAAACAUCUUAGAGAUAUGUGUAGAAAAAAUUUUAAAGCUAUUGAGACAAGUAGAAAGAUGAAAUAGAGGUUUAUUGUAUGAAUCUAUGAAACAAAUAGAUGAAUAUCAAAAUGUAUAAGCUAGCAUUUACUAACAUUUUUCUGACGGCUUUUGUUCAUGUCUUUUAAUCAUUUGUGUUCAUACUGAAUGGAGUUUUUAUAAUUGUCUAGGAUGAGAAAAAAACAUUUUUUCCUUUCUUUCCUUUUUUUCUUUCGUUGUCUCUGUCUGUCUCUCUCUUCCCUCACUCCUUCUCUUUUCUUACUUUUGAGACUUGAACCUAGGGGAAGAGCUGUACAUUCCCAGGAUUUUUCAGAAUUUUGCACAGGGUCUCACUGAGUAUUUCAGGUUGGCCUCAAACUUGAUGAUCCUCCUUCCUCAGCCUCCUGAGUGUCUGGGAGUGUAAGUAUAUUCCUCUGUGUCUGACCACAAGAACAGAUUUUGAUAACCAGCUUUCAUAUGGACACAUUGGUAUAACUUUACCAAAUGAUGUAUUUGCAGCACUGAGAUGGAACUUUUUAUAAUGAAGCUAAUUUUUUAAUAGUUAACUAGAAGUACUGUUAGGUUAAGAAUUAGAGGGGCUGGGGUUUUAGCUCAGCGGCAUAAGCACCCUGCCUUGCAAGCAGGUGGUCGUCAGUUCGAUCCCCGGUACCAAUUUAAAAAAAAGAAUUAGAGAAAUGCAGAAGAUUUUAACUUAGAAAAAACAAAAAUAGUAGAUUCACAACAGUUUCAAUGGCCAAAAUUAGUUGUUAGACUGUGUUCUGUGAUUGUAAGAAAGAUUGAGAAUAGUGUAUGGAGAUAGUAGUAGUUGAUUAUAUUUGAGCUCUGAAAGCAGAAAUUAAUAAUGUGAUCCAGACCUAACAAACAGUCUGAUCCAGUAUAUGGACCUGGAAUGUUUUAACUAGGUUUUGGUUUCUCUUUUUCUAAGAAAGCAUAUGUGUUUGUGUGUAUGUAUGUGUUCAUAUGUAUGUAUGCAUAUGGUUAAUUUAUGUGAUAGUAAAAAUGGAAAGAUUUUAGGAAACACUAAGAUUCCAAGGAUCUUUUAAUGAUACUUAGAAAUAUCACAAAGGUAUGAGGAAGCAUCUUUUUGAAAAUAUCUGCCACAGGAAAAAAAAAAAAUUUGUAUUUUUGUGAGAUUAAAGUAAAUAUAAAAACAAUCCUUGAAGUAUGCUCAGUUGAGUGUAGAGGCAUGCUGAAGGAAUAGUGUGCAUUUGCGACUUUGAAGGAAUGUUUUCAUAUAUUUGAGGAGAGACCUAAACACAAAGUUAAGAUAUAAUGAAUGUAAUAUCAGUGUCAGACCAAUAUAAAAUCAGGAAAUUAAAGAAAAACCUGUAUACCAUAUUCAAAUUUUUUCUGUAUUUUUAGAUCUUAGAUGCUAGUAUUAUAUCACACAAAACCAGUGGUGCCUUGUAAAACUAUUAUGUUGGCAUACUGACCUAUGCUACCUCAGAUCUAUAAAGGAACUAGUCUACAGUAUGUAUACCUGCCUCUAUCUGAUUGAAAUUGCAGUUGAAUGUAUUUUUUCAUCAUUGUCUUUCAGUAUAACUUGGGUAAUUUCUGAAAGUUGAAUUUUUUAAUUUACUAUUUAGCCUUUGUUAAGAACACUUUUCCUUCCAUGUAUAAGUGCAGCUGAAACUUCUCAGUUUUCUGUCCACUAUUUCAAAAUCACUUUAAGAAGACAUAUAGUAUAUCAGUUCUGAAUCUUCUUAAGGAAUACAUGAUUAUUUUAAUGUACAAAUAAUUAAAAUCUAAUUAUUUAAUGUACUCUGUUAGGUUAAUUUCUGUCACUUAUUUCUGUUUUUAUAUUUUCAAGUUCUCAAACUUUUGCUUAUUUGACCUUGAAAAAUGAUUCGUGGCAUUUGAUAUAUAUAGUACCUAAACGUUGCCAUUUAAUUAUUACCACAGAAUAUCUUUCAUUGCAUUAUAUAUAAAUAUAAAUCACUUCUUGAGUAAUACCAGAGUUGUAGAAGCAAGUAGGAGAAUGAGAAACUGUCUUUGGAAUUGGGUUUUUGUUCCUGUAAGUUAAAAUACAGGUUUUCUUAGUUUCCAGAGAGAGAAGUUCCAGGGGGCUCAUAUCACUAGAGGUAGUCAUGCUAUUUGUUUCCUUUUCUGUUUCAAGUCAAUCUAUAAAGUAGUAUUAAUAGAUAUUAUUUGACUCCUUCAAGCUUACAGUGGUUAGUGAAGUUCAGUGUGCCCAUGACCCCAUAUUCCUUCAGUUAUUGCCCAACUAACAAUGCUAGCUGCUUGGUUGGCUUUGAGUCUUUUUGGUACCGUGGACCAAACUCAUCACCUUGCACUUGCCAGGCGGGUUCUUAUGCUGCUGAACUAUGUCCCUGCCUUGGCUUUGAUUCUUUAUACCACUUUUGUUUCUUUUUUAUACUUCUGUCUUUGGAAGAUGAAACAUAGCAUGCAAUGUAGAAACAUACACCUAAUACUUCUAGCACUCAGGAGGCUGAAGAGAGGAGGAUUGCUGUGAGUUUGAGGCCAACUUGGGCUACAUAGUUCAAGGCUAGCCUGGAAUACAUAGUGGGACUGUGUUUCAAAAAAUAAAAAAGAAAAUAUAGUAUUGGUAGAAUAUAACAAGUAUGGCAUGUAAAGUGAGAAUAAUCUAGCAAGGUAAUCUUCAUUAGCACUAUUAGUAUAUAAAGUGAACAAAUGUUUUUACACCCUACUGAAUUUUGCUUUUGUGUACUUAAAAAAUUAAUAGAUUUUGCUAGGAUUAGCAUCAUACUUGGCAUUUCCCUUCUCCCUAUGUUUACAUUUGCAUUUGUUUCAUAUAGAUGUCAAAUGUGCCUUAUUCAAAUUAGCUUUUUGGUUAUAAAAAAUAAAUCUUAAUUUUUCUCA